UUUUAUUUAUGAUCAAAUCGAAAAAUGAAGUCUUCAACAAUUUUGCCCACUGACACCAAGGAGUUGCUGGAAGCACGAGAAAGUGAACUGAAGAAGGUCCUGCAGUUGAAACUUUUGCUGGAUGUAUUGCGCCGCUUGGAGCCUGCAAAUCAGAGCCCCGAAAUUAAGCGAGCUCUCAAAUUGGUGUCCAUUGGGGAAUUUGUCCGACUAGACGAUAGCGAUCACGUACUUGACCUACAGGACUACAAAAUAAUACCGGCCCUCUCCUACACGGACCGCAAGGCCGUGCGCACCAAUCUGACGGCCCAGCUGCAGGCCAAGCUCCUGCCCAUUACCGAGCUGGGGGAUCAGAUACGUGAGGAAUUCCCUGAAGUAUUCAGCAACGACUUGGAACUAGACCCAGGACAAAAGGAGAUCAUCAGGCUGGAGGUAGAGCAUCGCACCAGCAUGGAGAAAAGGGGUCAGCUGCUCAGCCGCAAAUGCGCGCUGCUCAAUGAUGCAGCCGACCUGAAGAUGGGCACCCACCUGGUGAACGAGCUCCAACUAAAGCAGUCGUCGGCGAAUGUGACGCAGACCAAGGCGGAACUGCUGUGCAGCUGGUUCAUCCACGAAAUUGCGUCGCGCACGGAGCACAGUGUAAAGGCUAUCAAGGAGGUAGAAGCACAUCUGGAUGAGCUUCUUAGUGCCAAGAACACCCUCACCAGCACCGAAAGACGGUGAAACUACAUUAAGAGCAUUAUAAAAAAAUUAGUUUUAAAUACAUUGCGAAUUGUCCAAGACA